GGCUUGCUGCGGAAGCUAUAGCGGCAAAUUCCUUCUCAGAAAUUCAAAACAUAACAAAGAACAACGAAUUCACUUUUUAACGGCUACCUGGAUUCUCCCAAUAUGGAGAUGAAUUCUCCUACGCCGUGUCCGCCCACCGUCACCGUCCGCCGUAACCCGCCGCGGAGAGCGCGCGCCACUCCGGCGUCGGCAGUUCCUCUCCGCGGACCUCUCGUUUCUCCAUCUCUCUCACGAGACCUUUUCUCCAGCGAGCUUUCACAAAACCCCGACAGCUCAGACACUACGAGCACAGAUCCUUCUCCUAGAGUUCUCUCCGAAAGCCUCAAGGUGUAUCUAAGGAUACGUCCGCCUACGAUUCAGAAACCUUCCAAGACUACAGCGGAAACAAAGAACGCUUGGCCGAAAAACGCGAAAAUCAAGGCAGGUUCGAGGACGAAAGCAAAGAAGAGCGACGAAAUAUGCGUACAGGUGAACGACGACUCGUGUUCCGUCACAGUUUCGACUCCUCAAGCGUUGCAGGAAACUAAGAGGACCAAGUCGGAGGUGUACGGAGGGUUUUCGCGCGUGUUCGCUUCUGAGGCGUCUCAGAGUGAUGUAUAUAACGAAAUGGUACGACCAUUAGUAGAAGAUUUUCUGAAGGGGAAAGGUGGAAUGUUGGCUGCGAUGGGUCCUAGUGGUUCCGGGAAGACGCACACAAUUUUUGGGUGUGCAAGAGAUCCUGGAAUGGUACCUCUUGUUCUUAGACACAUCUUCAGUGAGCAUGAGAAUGCUCAAACUCAAUCGUCGAGGGUAUUCUAUCUGUCUAUGUUUGAAAUCUCUUUGGAAAGAGGAAAGGCCGAGAGAAUGACGGAUUUACUGCAUGAAGGGGCUGACAUAUACAUGCAGAAUACAGUUCUAAAAGGACUACAAGAGGAUAUGGUUUGUGAUGCUCUGCAAGCUGAGUCCUUAAUAGCAAGCGGAAUGCUUAGGCGGGCGACUGCAGUGACGAAUUCUAAUUGUCAAUCAAGUCGCUCCCAGUGCAUCAUAAACAUUCGUUGUAGUUUUGAGGAUGGUGAUGAAGCAAUUUCUAAGGAAGGAAAACAUGCUGUAUUGACUAUUGCAGACCUUGCUGGAGCUGAGCGAGAGAAGAAAACUGGAAAUCAGGGGGCUAGAUUGCAAGAGAGCAAUUUCAUCAACAACACCUCAAUGGUAUUUGGUCUGUGCUUGAGGGCCCUGUUGGAGCACCAAAAGAAUCGAAGUAAGCUACUGCAAAAGCAUUACAAAAGCUCAAUGUUAACAAGAUAUAUGCAAGACUACAUGGAAGGCAAAAAGAGGAUGAUGUUGAUUUUAACUGUUAAACCGGGUGUAGAUGAUUAUCUUGACACAUCCUUUCUGCUGAGGCAGGCUUCACCAUUCACAAAAAUUAAGUUUCAAACCGUACAAGAGGCUGUUAAUACGACAUGCCACAAGAGACCAAAUCAAGUGCUGCCUCGAGUGGAGAAACUUAAGAAAAUGAAGUACAGAACCACUGAAGCUUCUUCGAUUGAUGAAGGAAAAGCUGACUGUGAUUUCCACUGCAACACAAGUAGAGAGAUACCUGAAAAAGUGAUUAAGGAUGGCCUUAAAAAGAACAUUAGUGGCAGUGAUGUUGAAAACUUGAAUGAGACUUCUACCCAAUCUGAUGGAUUUAUUGGAUUGGGCAAACAAGAGAAACCAUGCACGGAUGGGAAUUGCUGUAAACAUACAACCUACAGUGACCGGGAAUACAAAAUAAUGUUAGAGCUUUCAAAGGCUCUAUGGAAUGUUCUGAAACAAUACAAAAGGAAACUUGAGGCAGUGGAAAUUGAAAACGGCCAUCUCAGGGACAGCUUAUCCACUGAAAAGACAAGAAAUCUGAACCUGGAGAAGGAACUGAACAGUGAAAAGAUGAUGGGAUGUGCUCUCCAAGAUAAGUUGGAGGAAUUGAAAUCUCAAUGUCGUUGCAGUGUAGAAGCUUCUUCUAAAAACGUGCUUCCACUUACAGUGCAAGAUGCUAGUUCUAUUCUUAUACAAUGUGAUGCUGCUGGACUGCAGGAGGGGAGCUUAGAAGGUUCGUCUUGUUCCUCCAAAGAACCAGAACAAACUCAGAGUGAAAAGACAUCUUAUUUAUUGGAUCAUUUUACGGAUGUGAGUGAGACUUUUGUUUCAUGCUCUGAGGAAUCAGAAAAACCUUGUCAUCAGCUGCUUGAAGACCUGUCAGAAAGCAAUACUAAUCCUCAAGCUGUAAAGAAUUCUAAUUGCAUUUGUGCAGUGGAUUCCAAAAAUCAGGAACUUUCUGCUGGUACUGAUUAUGGUGAGGCUUUGCACAGCUUUGAAGAUACGGGUGGAGCAUGUACAUCUUCCAGAAUUCAAGAAACCAUUCAAUUACCAAACACACGUCCACACUCAAGCCAUGAAUAUGAACGAGAUCAUGUGAACAUUGCUGAUGGUCCAGAGAGUUUGGAGACCAAGAAUGAGUCUGUAGCUCAUGGAUUUUGUUCUGAUAUUUCCCUGGAGUUUGAUAAUGUUGUUCCGGAGACAGAGGAAACCAAACUCACACCAGCAGCAGAUUUGUAUGCCAGAAACAAGAAACCUUCUAUGGAUGGUGCAGAUGUUAGUUCUGAAUCAUGCCUUAAUGUUUCACUGGAGUGCGUAAGCCGUGAUAGUUCUGAAGAUGAUGCUGAAAUUCUAAAAGAUUCCAGAACACGGCCAACUCAGCUUGAAGAUAUUGCAACAGAGAUUGCAGACCAUAUUGCUACUUCUAGCUCUUCUGAAUCUUCUGGCAAUGAGGACAUAUUAUUUAACAUGGAUGGAGAAAAGCAGAAUUACAAGGAAGACAAGGAGUAUGUUGAGCCGGUGGUUGCUGUCAUAUCAUCCAAAAGAGAAAAUUCUAGAACUAUGUCCGAAAAUUUGCCAAAGGUCACCAACUGCAGCAGUGCCCAGCACACACACAGACCAAAAAGGAGGCUACUACCUGCUUCGUCUCUACUGCUGAAGGAUAUCAGCAUGUUGAAUAUAAAUGAUAACGAAAAACCAAAGGGUGCGAGGAGGGUGCCUGCAGACGACAACAAGAUCAGGACACAGGGCAGCAUAUCUCUUCUGAAUAUACUUACAGGUGUCAUUUCUGAACCAUCAAAUUGGGUAUUUGCUGUUUGCAUCUUUCAAUUCUUCAGUUUAUGCACUUAGGUAAAAUAUAAGGCGUUUUUGAUAUGUGGAAUAUAUUGAUAUUCAUUUUCAUAUUAUAUAUAUAUGUGUGUGUCUAUUUUUUUUUUGUGUGUUGGAUUUAAUUGAUGCAUAAAUUGCAUAAGAAAUUUAUAGGAUAUGAUCUAGGUUGCGGGUAUUUUGAUGAUUAUGUUUGUAAUAAAAAUGAUAUCCUGUAGUUGGAGAAGUCUGUUGUGAGGUGAAAUGGAAAUGUUGAUCUGAUUUUUUAAAAAAAAAUAAAAUAAAAUAAAUCUGUAUUGAAUAUCAAAAAGGUGAUUAUUGGGUUUAAUAGUACAUACAUGCUGCAACAAAUUAGGAUGCAGUUUGGUUGAGAUGGCCAAUUAGGUGCGUUGGAUUUUGAGUCCAGAUUCUU